UGGUAGAAAAAUUAUGGCAGCUUCUGGUUCCAUGGUUGCCUCUGGAGAUCUUGUGGUGGAUGCUUUAGUGUCUAGUUGUGGGAAUGUAUCAGGUUUUGUGAAGCCUGGUGGUGUUUUUUUCAGUGAUAGGAGUUAUAAAAUAUGUAGAAGAGCUAGGGUGAGUAUGAGAAGUGGAGCGAUGGAAAGCCAUCAUGGUCCUCAUGGAUGUCUUGUAUUUGAUUUUGAGCCGAGGUAUAACAACUCCGGUCCUUUUCUCAGCAAAGGGCUGAGCAAAGAUCCAGCUUUUUCAUCUUCAUGUUACUCUGAUGGGGACCGGGUUUUGCCUGAAGUGUCAACUGAUGGAUCUUUGAGUGCUGAACAGCUUUCAAGUCUUGCAAUUUCAGUGGAGCAGAGGAGUCCGAACCAUAGCAUUCUAAAGCUACUUUCUGGAGCAUGUUACUUGCCCCAUCCAGCUAAAGAAGAAACAGGAGGAGAGGAUGCUCAUUUUAUCUGUGCUGACGAGCAAGUAAUUGGCGUUGCCGAUGGAGUUGGUGGUUGGGCAGAUGUUGGUGUUAAUGCAGGCGAAUAUGCCCGUGAACUCAUGUCUAAUUCAGUCAAGGCGAUUAGAGAAGUACCAGAUGGUGAUGUUGAGCCCUUACGGGUGUUGGAAAAAGCACAUGCAGCAACUAAAGCCAUGGGUUCCUCAACUGCCUGCAUAAUCGCCCUAAAAAACCAGGAUCUUCAUGCCAUCAAUCUUGGAGACAGCGGGUUUAUCAUUGUCAGAGAUGGAAGCACAGUAUUUGAAUCGCCUGUUCAACAACAUGGUUUCAAUUUCACUUACCAACUUGAACGAGGCAAUAGGGGUGAUCUGCCAAGUUCUGGACAGGUUUUCAAGAUUUCAGUUGUACCUGGAGAUGUAGUUGUUGCAGGAAGCGAUGGCUUGUUUGACAACUUAUAUAGCAAAGAAGUAGCCGCUAUUGUGGCUGAUGCACUCAGAGAAGGUCUCAGCCCUGAUGCAACAGCCGAGAAGAUUGCUGCUUUUGCUCGUUUACGAGCUGUAGACAGGAAGCAUCGGACUCCGUUUUCCACAGCAGCCCAAGAAGCUGGAUUUUCAUAUUACGGGGGUAAACUUGAUGAUUUAACCGUUGUUGUCUCUUAUGUUUCUGCUUCAGCAAAUGCCUGAAAGCUUUGCCCCCUGAGGGUGCUUUCUUUUUGAAUUUUCUUCCCCGAUAUGAUGCUUAGGCAUGAUACGUGGCUAUUUCACUGCUCCAAUCGUCAUUCCUUUUUCAGACGUCCUAUGAGAUCUGACAACAAAAAGUUUUCCUUAUUAAAUUACUUGUCUGCCUUCCCCUUUGCA